CUGUGCAUGUAGAUCACUAGAUAGGCACAGAGUUAAUGUCAGGACGUGUACAAUGUACUGGUUUAUGACUGAGAGCUGCAUUAAUUCAUAUUUUCAUCUGAAUCGUAUAUUUUUGUGAACAUUAAAUGGAAGUUUUAUUACGUUUGUAUGUGAGCUCUGUAAAAUGUGUUUGAGCAGAGCUGACCACAGGGUCUUCUAUUGUUUCUCCAUGAUGGCUCUAUGGCAAGCCAUAACCUUAUUUAUUGUUUGUGGACUUAUUGAAUGCGAUGACAGCGUGUGCGAUGUGACCUGCACCACAGACUUCAUUUCCAAACUGAACUGCUCAAAUUCUGACUCGGCAGGAACAACAACGUGUAACAUUGUGGCCAACUGCAGUGAUGAAUCUGGAACUGUGGAAGGAAACUGUAGUAUGAAAUCAUCACAAUCCUGGUGUACAAUAGAAUCAGAGGAACUGCAGAUGGUUAUGGCCUAUGAUACCACUUGCUCUAUAACAGCAACACCGAUGACCAAACAAGGGGGUGCAGGGACCCCAUUAACUAAAAACAUGCUUUUAUAUAAAUCUAUCAAGCUGAUACAACCUUACAACCUAAGAUUUGAAAAUAUUGAUGGAGAUUUCAAUCUGACAUGGGACGUGGAUUAUAGGCUUGAAGAGCAUGAACUGUAUGAAAAUUUAUACUACAGAGUACGUUUACGUAUCAAAGGUGACUCCAUCGAAAACGAGAAAAUUUUCACUCUAGAUCAAACCCAGCAAUCAAUGGUUAUUGCCAGUGACAGACUUCUGCCGGGCCAUCGGUAUGUGGCCGACGUCCAGGUUGCAGUGAAUCCCAAUUUGUUUAAAUCCAUGUGGAGUGAAUGGAGCAGCAGUGUAGAAUGGACUUGUGACUAUCCUGGAUCAGAAAAAUAUUAUUUGCCGUUAUUGGCACUGUCUGUUGUGGUGGUCCUCGCGGUUCUGGUGGUGGUGGUCUUUUACAAAAGGAAACCACGGGGAAUCAAAAAGAUGUCUUUAUGGCAACACAUCCCAAGUCCCCAAGACUACUUCAAACCACUUUACCAUACAUAUCAGGGAGACUUUAAGAAAUGGGUCGGACCAGUCCUAACCUUCAACAAAUUUGAUGUUCUGGAGAAGAGUGCCAAUCUGCUGGUGCUUAGUGACAGGCAGCAGACUGAAAGUUCAGAGGAACCCCCAAACAACAGAAACAGUCAACGGCGAGACUCCGACUUGUUCAAUCCCGCCAAUCAAAACUCAUCUAAACUUUACUUCCUCGGAAGCAACAGUCAUGUUUUCACUAACUCCAGUGGCCAUAUAUCAAUGGACACCGUUACAGUGUCUGGCCAGGAUGCCCUCUUGGCUGAGUGGUCCGGUGAAAGUAACAGACAGAGCAUUGAUGACUUUCACAAUGGCACCGAAGCCGAUCAGAGAGCAGUUGAGAUGGCCGAUGGCCAGCCAAGGGCUUUGUUACACAAUGGCAGGGGGAGGAUACAGGUUUUAGACUGUGACGAUUGGGACAUAAAGGACCAUGAAUUGGAGAACGUUGAACAGGUGUCCCUGUGCUCCUUUGGUUCGAAUGAGCACUCUGAUGAUGGUUACCCUCAGAUGGGACUGGAUUUAGAUACCAUAGACAGUGGCUUUCUGGAAUCAGACUGUUCCAGCCCGUCGGGAUUCGAUGGGAAGGAACACACUGAUACUGAGUCACUGGAUGGAGUGGGAGUCUUCCAGUCAAAUUAUGUCAAACAGUGGGUUACUUUCACAGCUGUCCAGGUUGAUAACAGCAGUGAAAACUAAAGGCUUGCACAAAAACCCAUUAUUGUUUUUGACUUUUUGUGUUUGAACUGUGUAUGGGGCUCAAACAAUUUGCAGACACACAACCAGCUUGUGGUCAUAUCCAGGUCAAUGGUUUAAAAACUUUACAAGAACCUAAAGAACAAUACUGACGAAAGAGGAAUAAAAGUGUCACAUAUACUAGGCCCAUCAUAUAGUAUGCCAAACGUGUCUGGAUGAAAUCCAUGGUGAUCUCAAGGUUGGACUACUGCAAUGAUCUCCUUGCUGGUCUUCCAGCAAAGGCUAUCAAACCACUCCAGCUUUUUCAGAACGCAUCGUCUUCUAACAGCCCAAAAGGGCUCAUGUGACUACCCUUUUCAUUUCUCUCCACUGGCUACUGGUUGAAGCCCGUAUCAGAGUCACUAAUGCUUGCAUACAGGAAUAUCACUGGAUCUGCACCGGCAUACUAUCACACCCUCCUACACUCCUACACCCCUCCAAGAACUCUGCGUUCAGCAAACCAACGGCAUCCUGUAUUGCCUUCUCAUAAGGGCAGUAAGUCGCUUUCCUGCUCAUUCUCCUUCACAACUCCUUCCUGGUGGAACAUUCUUCCUAACUCAGUCCGGUCAACCACAUCUGUCACAACAUUCAAAAAACUACUUAAGAGAACCUUAAGGGAAAGAAACUAUUCCAGUUAUGAAUUUAGCUCUACAUUAGCAUGCAUUUGCAAUCACAAACAGUAUCUGACCAAGUGUUUUGUACUUGUUUUCUGUUAACCUGAAUUCUCAAAAGUCUUUUAUUUUCCAGAACCAGCAAAGUAGCACUUGUUAGUCCUUGAUAUUGGGUGAAAUAGGAUACUGCAAAUGCAUUUUCAGUGUACUGGCUAUUUAAUGAGGUUAGACUGAUUCAUAAUGCACUCAAGUGAGAUUUUUUUGAGAGAGAAGUACAUUUAUUAAUACAUCAGCUUGCGGUUAAUGUGCCCAUGCACACAAUUUUGCAAUUGUUAUCAUUUUUUGCUGGCUUGAGCUCACAGCAGAGCAAGAUAAGGUUGUCUGAGAGUCAUGCAAAAAAUGCCACCAUCCUGAUAAUAACACGGGUAAUUCUGCAUAUCAGAUCUUUUGUACAAAUGAUUAGCUGCACUCAGCCAUCCUAAUGUCUGUUGUUUUGUCUUGAAGUGUUCUUUCAUCUUCGUUGUGUGAUAGAAAUGUCCUUGUUGUAAACACAUCACUUGGAUAUAAUGACAUGAUUAUCAGUAUACUUUUAUUGCUAAGUAUUUGUCUGUUGAUGUAAGGGGGGUAAAAUCUUUAAUGUUCAGAUGUGAUUACUGACUAUGUUGUGAACUAGAAGAGUAUGUUUAAGAGCAAACUUUGUAUGUUUAAGAGCAAACUUUUUUUAAAGUCACUUAAAAACACAACAGUUAGACGUUUUUUAUUGGUUUUAUCCUUAUAUUACAAUUCCGUUUAUUCAAGGGAAACUUCACCCAAAAAUUUACUCACCUUCAAGUUGUUCCAAAUGUGUAUACAUUUCUAUGAUCUGAUGAACACUGAAAAAGAUAUUUGGAAGAAUGUUUAUAACCAGACUGAUUUCCCCCCCAGUUGACUCCCAUAGUAGGAUGUUGACGCGUUUUCGCUUCUUUGCCGAAGGAGAUAACAUGUUUACGACAUGCGCUCUGUAAAGCAGUUUGUCCGUUUAGAUCUACUGUAAACAACAUGACGUAGGCUAUUCCAUGCAAGGGGACCCGCGGUGUUUGCAGAUAGAAAUUGCUCAUUCUAAGAUAAUAAAAACACAACACUUCA